CAGAGAGACACACUAACAUUUCUAAAACCUUUACGUCGUGUAUGAGUGUAAAAUGCCAGUAACCUUGAGAUACUCUCACCAUAUGCACUGUUGAGAAGUGCCCCAUUGGUUCAGUCUUCAGAAUGAGACAUUUGUCCUGUAUUGAGCGAUUCCACGGGGGCGGAGAAGGAUCUCUUUCCCAUUUCCCUCCCCAGAAUACCAAGCCAUGUGAUUAGCAGGACGAUACUUCAGUGCAUUCGUAAAUCUGUUGCCUAACUUAACGGGAAAUCAACGGUAAGGGUGAAGUGGACGGAGAACGACUGUUUUGUAGAUGGUUGAUGUCCUAGCAGUGCACAGUUUCAGCUCAGUGGACAUAGAGUAGCUGCCACCAUGGACAAGAAGCUGGACCUGACGCGCCUAACAGAUGAGGAGGCCAAACACAUCUGGGAUGUGAUCCAACGAGACUUUAAUCUGAGGAAGAAGGAGGAGGAUAGGCUGGGGCAACUGAAGACCCAGAUUGAGAAGGAGGACACUAAGAGGGAGCUGCUGACCUCCCAGUCCAGUCUGACGGAGUCCCACUGCAUCCACUGUCUGCAGCCAUUUCAGUUCCUGGUGAACAGCAAGCGCCAGUGUUUUGACUGCCAGCUGUACACAUGCAAGUCUUGCAGUCGCUACAGCAAGAAGGAUCAUGGAUGGGUCUGCGACCCUUGUCGCAUGGGCAGACUUCUGAAGAUUGGAACACUGGGGUGGUACCAUGACAACGUGCGCACCCGCUUCAAACGUUUCGGCAGUGCCAAGGUGAUGAGGUCACUGUAUAAAAGGCUGAAUGGAGAACGGCCCCGUGAGGAUGACACUGUCAGCAUGCCUGAAGUGCGCAGUGCUCAUAAUGGUCAUCAUGACGACGACUACAUGGACGCAACUGAAGCUCAGCGUUACAAAAUGAUGAGGAAACAGAAGCGCCUUCUGUCUGUCCACCCACUGGACUUUGAUGUGGAGGAGUACAUGGCCAACUCACGGCGGCAGUCUGUGCAGUAUAUUCAUGAGGAAAGAGGCUCACGGAAUGACCUGGACUACAGUACAGAGAUGUAUCACCAACACCGCAUGAACCGCAGGAAGAGUCUGGACCGAUACACACGACCUGAUGAUGGGCUGUAUGCUGAGCACAGGAUGGUGCGGGCGCGCUCCCUGUCCAAGAUCAGCGCUCCGGUGCCCCAGCGGCAGGUAUACCUGGACACGUCAGAGGAAGAGGACGGAUUCCGCUACCCAGUCUUCCAGCUGCCCCCCCGCAGACGCAGCAGCAGAGCCUCCUCACAGGAGAACAUCAACCAGCCCCCACCGAUAAAUGAGCUGAACAAGCGCAUGUCUGCUAUUGAGAGCCUCCUGAAUCGACUGGAGGAGAAGAUCACCUCCCCCCCUGAGCCUGCGCGCGGCUCAUCGGGGAACCAGCAGGUGGAGGCGGAGAAGCUGAGGAGGAAGUUGGACGAGCUGAUGAGCGACCGAGCUCUCUCAUCCGACGAGGAAGACUCCGGAAAGAGAAGCACCCAGCCUAAAGGCCCUGGGAUGAAAGCCGGUCCGCUGGUGGCCCCUACUCCAGAGGUGGCCGAGUCCAGCUCCUCCAGUGAUGAGCCUACAGAGGCUCAGAAGAGAUCUUCUGCGGCGGCCCUUUGUGACAUCACAACUGAGGUUCUAAGAACCAUUAAUGCGACAGAAAGUGCAAUGACUGACUUGAGCCCCUCAGUGCCCAAAGACAGACCUCAGUUAGUGGGAACAGAUGUCAGGCAAGCAGAUGAGGCUUACAGAAAACUUGAGGAAAAUGUGUACAUGGCAGCAGGAAAGUCCUUCGACAUGGAGAAGACGUUGGAGGAUCUGGAGCUGAGCACCAGAAACCAGUACGGCUGCAUGACGGACUCCGAGUUAUCCGAACUCGAGGACCAAGUGGCUAAGGCGGCCGCCAAAGUCCAGUCCACAGAGAGCGAGGUGUCAGACAUCGAAAAUAGGAUUGCUUCCCUCAACACUACUGGACUUCCGACAGACAAGACAAAGGUCAAAAAGACAUUGACAACAUCACAGAGACGAAAGUUUUCUCAAGAUGUUGCAACAAAACCCAGUAAUGGCUCAGGAUUUCACAGGGAAAAGAUCAAUUAACUUUUGAGAGGAAGAUUUCCUCCUCACUGGUACUGACUGCAGCCAUUACAAAUACAGUUCAAUGAAAACUGAUGUCACAGGUGUCAAAAGUGGCUUGAGUGACUCAGAAUGCAAAUAUUAUUGUCAUAAUGUUGUCUCCAAUGUAUUUAUUUAAUGUUAUGAUGCAUUAAAGCAGAAGUGUAUAUCAUAAAGAAUCAUAAGGUGAUGUGGGAGGCAUUAUCACAAUGAUUAUUAAUAAAUCAAAUAAACAAAGUUUAAUAAAUCAAAUGAAUAAACCAAACUGCUAUUACACAUUACCCUUAUAAUAAUCAGUAGCCUAAUGUAACUGCCAUAUCCACUUUUGACAUCUGUGAUAUCAUAAUGUUAUGGAUAUGUAGUUACCUAUGUAGGCUAGUGAUAAGUGCUGCUCUAAUGAAAUAUUAUGUAAAUGGAGUCCUUUAUCCACCACAGUGCGCUCAUACCCAGCCUUUAGGACCUGCAUGCAAUGACGGAAUUUCCUGAAAUUCCUUGUGCUCUUCAGAUUUCAUAAGGGGAAAAAUAGUGUCCUUUCUUAUUGGUAGUAGUUAUAGUAGUAGCAGCCUAGUAGUAGUAGUAGUAGUAGUAGUUGUGAGUAGAACAUAGGCUUGUAGCUAACGGUACACUAAUAGUAUCAUUCAUUUAAUGUCAGGAGUGAUUAUUCUUCAUUUAACUUUUUGUGUGCUUUGUCAUCUUGUAUUCUUGUAUUCAUUGUUACAAUUUGAUUCACUCUGUGUCUGAGAGAGCAUGGUUGUGUCAGUAUACAAGUCAUAUUUAAUUACACAUUGACGAUGAACCUGAUGAUUGGCCUGAUAUGAUUAAAAAUGAAUGUCUAAAUCAGUUGUGCUAUGUUGACUAUUAAAACUUAAAACCAUUA